GAGCGUCAUCAGUCCUGCAACGAGAUGUCACACACGUCUUGUUCAUACUAGCAUCUUUCACAUCUUCUAUCUUACUGAGGAAACAGCGCGUUACAGAGGGAGACGCAGUUUUCUAAGCGUUGAUAUUCCAUCUUUCAGAGGGACCUAAACAGUGGAUACGUGGACAUGGUAAAGUGCACUGUGAUGUGUCUGAUAGGCUCGCAUGUGUCGUGUGCCAGUUCUGUCCAAGAUCGGUUGCAAUAGAUGCUUGUUUAUGAAAGACUUUAAUAUCAUCUUCACCGAUGCUUCAUCUUAUUGACAGCGACGACGUGCUUAUGCGCAGCGAUGUCAUCUUUUUAACCAACGAACAGUUGGUGUUUUGAAAAUUUCCUCUAUGCUGGCUUCAUUGCUUCAUCUGAAGAUUUGGUUGAAUGGAGGAUGAGAAAUAAUGACUGACAAGUGAAGCACUACCUCUUUUACCAUCUCAAUUUUGGACCAGUAAAGGUUUUCGCGUUGAUCAUACACACAAGUGGUGAAUAUUUUUAAAACUUCUUGAUAUUUUUGAGAAGACUUUCAAGAAGACUUCUAAGGGACUUGGAGCAUCCUUCGGUUUUACAACUCCUUUCUUCUCUCUUUUGAAAGAGAUAAAGUAGAAACUGACUCCAGUUGUGGUCACCACGGCAGUAACUGUGGGAGCAGAUCCAAAGACGAUGGUCCACUGUGCGGGCUGCGAGAGGCCUAUAUUGGACAGGUUUCUCCUGAAUGUUCUGGACAGAGCAUGGCACAUUAAGUGCGUGCAAUGCUGCGAGUGCAAAUGUAACCUAACAGAGAAAUGCUUCUCUCGAGAAGGAAAACUAUAUUGCAAAAACGACUUCUUCAGGCGCUUUGGAACAAAAUGCGCUGGUUGUGCUCAGGGGAUCUCGCCGAAUGACUUGGUCCGAAGGGCACGGAGCAAAGUGUUUCAUCUGAACUGCUUCACAUGCAUGAUGUGUAACAAGCAACUAUCCACAGGGGAGGAAUUGUACAUCAUAGACGAAAAUAAAUUUGUCUGUAAAGACGAUUAUUUAAGCAGCACAAACGGAAAAGACACCAGUCUUCUUUCAGUUACAGCUUGCAGUGAUCCUAGUUUAUCGCCAGAUUCUCAAGACCAGCUACAGGACGACGUCAAGGACGCAGAAAUCGCUAACCUAUCGGACAAAGAAGCGGGUAAUAAUGAAAACGAUGACCAGAAUCUCGGAGGGAAACGAAGAGGACCGCGUACCACCAUUAAAGCAAAACAACUGGAGACAUUGAAAGCGGCAUUCGCGGCAACCCCCAAACCAACGAGACAUAUAAGGGAGCAACUGGCGCAGGAGACGGGACUCAACAUGCGAGUUAUUCAGGUAUGGUUUCAGAACCGGCGGUCCAAAGAACGGCGCAUGAAACAGCUGAGCGCGCUCGGCGCGAGGAGACGCUUCUUUCGCAGUCCGAGAAGAAUGCGAACACUGGUGGACAGACUCGAACCUGGAGAAUUAAUCCCAAAUGGCCCGUUUUCAUAUUAUGGAGAUUAUCAGAGUGAGUACUACGGUCCAGGAGGGAAUUAUGACUACUUUCCCCAAGGCCCACCAUCUUCACAGGCCCAAACUCCCGUAGACCUCCCCUUUGUCCCAUCAUCAGGACCCACUGGCACCCCACUAGGGGGCAUGGAACAUCCUAUCCCUGGCCACCAUCCAUCUAGUGAAGUACAGCGCUUUUCAGAUAUCAUGUCUCACCACCCAGGUGACUCGCCCAGUCCGGAGCCAGGGAUACCAGGACCCAUGCACAGUAUGUCCUCAGAUGUUUUUGGACCCAGUCCCUCCUUCACAUCCCUCUCUCUCAACGGCAGUGGAUACAGCAACCACCUCUCCCACCCUCCGUCAGAAAUGAACGAGGGCACAGUCUGGUAGCUACUGUGAACGGACAUUUUGGUAGACAGAAAUUAUGAUAAACAGAGGAGGGAGGAACAGGGACACACAUGGUUUUCAUUUUUGUUCCGUUUCUUUCUUUUCAUGUCUUGUCAAGUACAAAGAACAGCAAAGGCACCAUGGCCAUUGACAUUUCCCUUCAUGAACUUAUUGUGUUGAUGUUCGGUUUCUUUCGUUUUCUUAUCCCUCUGAAUUAAAGUCAGAACUCAAGAAGAGAAAGAAAUGAUACUGAUACUGUUGACCCAGUCGCUGUAUGAACUCUGCUAUGAGGCUUAGCACAGCAGUGUCCCUUCAUAGGCUCAAUACAUACCGCUGGUUAAAUCGUCACUCUAAAAACAGUGAUUGUAACACAUUAACAGCGUUAGCUACUGUCAAAGACUUGUCAGCUUUACAGAGAAUCACCCAAGGCGGCUGAUAUAACACUAACCUGCAACGUUGACUCCAGGAAAGAUCUAAGCCGUCAGACUAAUUUAUUUAUUUGAAAACUCCUCAGACCUCCUCGCCUUUCAAGGCUCUGCCAUACUGACACUUAAACAACCUUUUCAACACUAAAUAUGUUUCUGAAGGCCAGGGAGAAAAAGCUUUUUUUCUUGUUCUGGACAUUCUUUUUUUCCCAAGAAUUCCACCAAAUCCGAAGAAGUUAGCCUUCAAAAGGCAAAUGUUACAAUUCGUAUGGAUGGUGAACCCUUUAUUUAAUGGAAGAGAACUUGAAACGUUGAUAAAUGAAGUCUACCUUCUAAAAGUAUUUUAACAAGGGUCUGAAAGGGGCAUAGAACAGUCAACUGUUUACGUAAUAUAUUUAAUUCAGGAGUAAAAGUAUCAACCAUGAUUUAGAACCUCUUGAUCUAGAAGAAAAUGUUCCAAGCAACCAACCAAACUUUUUGUAUUAAUUUUAUUUAUAUUGUAUGAUGAAAAACAAGUUUGCUGGGGUUGUGGUUCACUGUGCUAGUUUGUACAAAAUGUUGUUUACAAAAAAUGGAAAAAGGAAAAAAAUACAAGUAGACAGUUGCCAAAUAAAAACAUAGCACAAAUACUGUAAAAGUGCUUUGCACCAUUAUCCGCAGAACGUGUUGAAACAAAGUGUAAGUGUUUAAAAAACAAUAAGAAGUAUUUACUUCUUAAUUUUUUUAGUCUGCUGAAAAAAGAUUCACAAAUUGUUAAUAUAACAUACUUAGACCUACAAGUUUUAUUUUUGUGUCUUUAAAGGAAAAUGAAAACUAUUGAAAUUGAUGGUCAAAUGUGCAGCGAGCAGCUGCUACUUUCUUUAAAUAUCAAAUUCUCAUGGUAUGUCUUUUAUUGUUCUAAUAAACCUAAGCUUACGUGACCUCCAGUGCAUAUUAGACCAUUCACUGUAUAAAUAUAACAUGUUGAAC